AUGACUGCUCCGAUGGCUACGAUAGGCGUCAUCUCGAUCGGUGAGAUGGGGCUAGGAGUCGCCAAACUGCUCAAAGCAAGUGGAUAUCUAUCUAACGCAAAUGAACNNAGCCAAGAUACACAUGACCGAGCCAGAUCAGCAUCUGUAGACCUGGUCUCUACGGAUGAGGAACUAGCAGCGAUGUCAGAUUAUAUUCUCUCUAUCGUGCCUCCAAGAGAUGCCGUAGCGACUGCAGAACGAGUAGUAAAAGCCAGCAACACCAAAAGAGACAAACCAUUGUACUACCUCGAUAUGAACGCGGUCUCGCCAAAGCUGGUUAGGAGCAUAAAUGAGCUCUUCAAAACUGCUGGCCACAACGUUCGACUCAUUGAUGGAGCUGUGAUUGGCAGUGCACCAAGCUUGAAAGACGAUCAGACCGACUCGUCCAAGCCCGAAGCAUGGAAGCGACCCGGUAUUCCCAUGUCUGGACCGCAUCGAUUGGCAGACGCUGAACCAAGUGGAGCACAUCUUGCCAAUACACUCGGGGCCCGACACAUCUCAGACGAAAUAGGCGCGGCAUCAGGACUGAAGAUGAGCUUCGCAAGUUUGACCAAAGGACUUACUGGAUUGGCCAUCCAAUCUUUUACAACAGCUCAUCGACUUGGAGUCUUGCCAGAAUUGCAGCAGCACCUCCAACUGUACAGUCCCAAGACAUUCGAACUGGUCAAUGCUUCGAUGCCACGCAUGCCACCCAAGGCCUACCGCUGGGUUAGGGAGAUGGAGGAGAUUGAUGCAACAUUGACGGAAGAUGGCGGGUUUGGAGAAGAGUCAAUUUUCAGUGGCAUCGCUAGAACAUAUGACUUGGUUGCCCAUGGCACAGAUCUAGGUAAAGAGAAGACCGAGAGGAGAAACAGAGGCAAGACAGCCGAAGAUGUGGCGUUAUUGAUGAGUGAAGGCAUCGAGCAACGAAAGCAGAAGAUGGAUUAG